AUGCUGAAGGCCCGCAGCGACGAAUCCCCUAACGGGGACAGACCGAGGAAGAAGCUGUCGUUCAAAGAGCCCGAGAUCAUGGGCUACUACAUGCAGAUGAAGCAGAACGUCACCUCCAGGCUGUCCAGGAAGGGGAGGACGUCCAAGCAGAAGGCGCAGGAUGCACCGCCGACCGAGAGGUACGACUCAUCCGAGGACCCGGAGCUACAGGUAUGCUCUGUAGCUAUAGAGGGAUGCUUGGGGUAG